AUGGGUUCUACUUCAAACGUACACUUUUUGAUGGUGCUGUGUGUAAUGGGGGUGAGGAUGAUGAUGAUGGGGGCAGAGGCGGCCCCCCACGCCCAUCCAGGGAUGUCAGGAAGCCGCACACGGAGCAACCCACGGGUAGACAAGAAGUCUGUAGAGCCUACAGGUCCAGACACAAUAACUGUCCCCCUGCACCUGGACCCGAGCUACAGAAUUCCUUCCCGUCCCUUCAGACCCAUUUGGAACCACUCGAUCUCCCCAUGGACUUACAACACUACCUAUGAUGAGUCCCGCUUUCCCCCUUUCAUCUCGGAGGUCAGGUGCUCUCUGGAGGGCUGUCUGAACGUCGCGGGUAAGGAGGACAGGAACCUGGAGUCCAAACCCAUCUACCACCAGAUCCUGGUCCUGAGGAAGGUGAUGGGGAGCGGGGACAGAUACCACUACCGGCUGGAGUCAAAGAUCAUCGCGGUGGGCUGCACCUGUGUCAGGCCUAGCAUUGAGCACCAACAGUAAUGAUAUCUGUGUGAUUUAGGUCCAGCCUGGUGAUGCAGCUGGUUGAGCAGUGAGUGUUGGCAAUGCCAAGGUGUACGUUCGAUCCCCACAUGCGUAGAAUGUAUUGAAAGUAUUUGUGUGUUCGUUUUAUGGAGCUUUAUGUCAUUGAAAGAUCGAUUUGAAUAAUCAAAUAUGGAUAUAUUUUCUAUUGAGCUUUAAAUCACACAAUUGAUUAUGUAUUUAUU